AUGAAGACACUCUCUGCCGCCAUCAUCCUCGCCCUCAGCACCUUUGCGGCAGCCCAGGAGUUGGCACCUUCGCCUACCGAGUCUGUCGGGCAUUGCGAUGGACCCCGCGAGACCGCCCCCGCAACCACUGCGACUCCGGUGAUCAUCACCGCUUCCGAGGUCGUUACUGUUCCUGCCACCACCACGGCUGCCGCCCAUGAUGACGACCAUGACCACGAACAGGACCAUGAUCAUGAUGACGAGGAUCAUGAUCAUGAGGACGAAGAGGACCACGACCAUGACGACCACAGCGCCGGUGUCCUGCCCCCCAGCCCAACCGCUUCCAUCGGGUGCGAACCUCAUGGCGACCACUGGCACUGCGAUGGACCUGCUCCCACCACUAUCGCUACCGUCACGACCAGCGGUGUCGCUUCUGGAACUGGCGCUCCUGUCAUCACAAGCACUGGUCCUGUUGUCACUGCCGGUGCUGCGGCUGUUCAUGGGGGUGUCGGCGCCGCUGCCGGCGUGUUGGGCUUGGUUGGCUUUAUGAUAGCUGGGAUUUGA